UGAGCAUCUCUGGCGACACCAUGGCUCUCCGAUGUCCCAGUGGAUCCAGGCAUCGUGGCUUAUAUUCCGGCGCUGGAUCCAUCAGGCCAGCCAGCAGGGGCACUGGCCUGGUCAGCAGCGGCUCUUGUGGAAGCGCGGUCUUCGGGAGCCCGUUCUCCUGUGCCUUUGGAGGAGGACUGGGCGGUGUUCCCGGUGGGAAUCCCGGUGGCGGGGGCUCUGGACAUGCCUGCACCAGCUUUGCAGGAAGCGAGGGUGGCCUCCUGUCUGGCAGCGAGAAGGUGACCAUGCAGAACCUCAAUGACCGCCUGGCCUCCUACCUGGACAAUGUGCGCGCCCUGGAGGAGGCCAAUGCCGAGCUGGAGAGGAAAAUCAAGAGCUGGUAUGACACAUACGGGCCCGGGUCUUGCCGUGGGCUGGACCAGGACUACAGCAGCCUCCACCUAACAAUCGAGGACCUCAAAGCCAAGAUUAUCUCAUCGACUGCUGCUAAUGCCAGGGUCAUUCUGCAGAUUGAUAAUGCCAGACUGGCCGCGGAUGACUUCCGGCUAAAGUAUGAAAACGAGGUCACACUGCACCAAAACGUAGAAGCGGACAUCAAUGGGCUGCGGCGGGUGCUGGAUGAGCUGACACUCUGCAAGACUGACCAGGAGCUACAGUACGAGUCCCUGAGUGAGGAGGCGUCCUAUCUCAAGAGGAACCAUGAGGAGGACAUGAAGGCUCUGCAGUGCGCGGCCGGGGGCAACGUGAAUGUGGAGAUGAAUGCGGCUCCCGGCGUGGACCUCACGGUGCUGCUGAACAACAUGCGGGCCGAGUAUGAGGCACUGGCCCAGCAGAACCACAGCGAUGCAGAGGCCUGGUUCAGCGAGAAGAGCGCCUCACUGCAGCAGCAAAUGUCCCACGACGCUGGCAAGGCCACUCGGGCCAGGACAGAACUGACAGAGCUGAAGCGCACUCUACAAACCCAGGAGAUCGAGCUGAGGUCCCUCCUGGCCACGAAACACUCGCUGGAGUGCUCCCUGAGCGAGACCGAGGGCAACUACUGCACGCAGCUGGCCCAGAUCCAGGCGCAGAUCGGGGCCCUGGAGGAGCAGCUGCACCAGGUCAGGACCGAGACCGAGGGCCAGAAACUGGAGUACGAGCAGCUGCUGGACGUCAAGGUGCACCUGGAGAAGGAGAUCGAGACCUACCGCCGCCUCAUAGACGGGGACGAGGGGUCAUGCUCCAAAUCAGAAGGCUUUGGAUCAGGAAGCUCAGGGCACUCACCUAAAGAUUUACCCAAAACCACGCUGGUAAAGACGGUGGUUGAAGAACUGGAUCAGGGUGGCAACGUCCUCUCAUCCAGGAUUUACUCCAUCGAGGAAAAGACAUUGACUCUGAUCAACAAGACAGACCAGAGGGUCCCCUUCUAGCUGCCAUUCGGGGAGAGAGGAAUCUGGGGAGGGUCUGGCACACUGCGGCCUCAAGAUCAGGAUAAAACACUUCCUGUGCUGAAAGAUAAGUUGCUUAGCCGAGAUACCCGCUGUCUCAACAACUUUUGCAGGAUGCUGGAUGCUUGUUCCAAAGAAAUAAAAAAAAGUUGAUAAGCAUACAGUUCCAUUCACUGACGUCCAAUGGACAAUGCACUGUGAUUUCUUUUUUGCCAUAAGGAGACACUUUCAUUCUAGUUUCAAAUAACAGGCAACAGCAACACAGGACCUCAAAGUAGGGCACCUUCACCGGGCAUCACCUCUAAGUACCACCACGUCUACACAGGCGGGCACGGGAACCUUUGGGAAGUCCAUAUCUACCUGCAGCGACAGGGAAGAAGAGGAGAUGGAGAGAGAAGCAGACAGUUAAGGUGUCAUAGGUGCUCACUAUCGCCCCAAGAAGAAUGUGAUUAAUGUGUGUCACAAACAUAUCCUGAUGAGAAAAGAAACUGAAAAUAAUUUUGGCUGCAGAACAACUUGAAGACUGAAAGACUCCCAUCACAAGACUUCAAAGGAGACUUUUUGCGCAGAGGAAGGAAGGGAUGGAGGCAUCAAAAAGUUCCGCCGCUAGGUGGCGCCUGUGAGACUCCUCUGGACGCCUGGGUCCUGCUUAGGCCACCACGCCUCAUCCAAACUGGAAAAUCCCUGGACAGAGCCUCAGUUAAAGCCGUCGGCCUCGUGCUGCUUCCUUUUUUUCUAGCGUGGAGUUUGGAAGCUUUUUUCAUAAAAGCCUAGAGAGGCUGCCUAUGAAUAUACCCUAAGUCUGUCUCUCCCAAGUGCUAAACUCAGUCGUUGGAACAGAAAGUGGCCACAGGGAACAGGCAAACCAACAACAGCCAGGAGAGGUGUAACCACUAGCGCAGGUGCUGCAGCUCAGCUCCAGCUCUCCUGCAGCCGCAGCGGGCGAGCGCUUCAGGCUCUGGGUCUUCCGACGACACAGGGUCAUGUUGCUUCCUCUCCUGCAGUUACACUCUCCAUUCGUCCUUGGUUUUUCUGGUUUUCUUUUUGGCUUUUUGGGGUUUCGUUUGGUUUGGUUUGUUGGGGGGUUGCUAUUUAAUAUUGUGCUAAGGAAAGAAAAAAUAAAAUUUUAAGUUGCUGCCUCAUUUUAACA